UAUUGCUCAUAAUGAACAUGUAAGUAUAUUUUUUUUAAAUAUUGUUGCGGUUAAAUUAAUAUUUGUAUAUCUUUUUUUCAGACAUUUCCUUUUAUCUACAUUUUAAUGUCAAACAAAUCUUUGAAUGCAUAUAUCCAUGUACUACAAUACAUCCAAAGUAAUAUUUUUGACAUGAAGCCCACAACAUUCACCACGGAUUUUGAGUAUGGCUUAAGAAAAGCAUUGUCACAGAUUUAUCCACAAACAAAAUUAAAGACAUGUUGGUUUCAUUUUACACAAGCUGUUCGAAGGAAUGCUUCAAAACUUCCUAACUUCAUGUCAAAAUUAAAUAAAGAUAAUGAUGCGAAAAAAUUGUUUCGCAAAUUUCUAAUAUUACCGCUGUUAAAACCGGACGAUAUAUUAAUUGGAUAUCAAAAUCUGAAAAAUCAGGCUUUGAGUUAUAAUUUAAAUAGCAUUUUUGAACAAUUCAUAGCAUAUUUCGAGAGACAGUGGAUUAAAAAGGAAGGCGCAUCAAAAUUCUCCGUUUAUAACGAAUCCAUUAAAACUACAAGCUUAAUAGAAUCGUUCCAUGGGCAAUUGGGUAAAUACCUUUCGAAAAACGGAAGUUUUUAUAAAUUCAUAGACCAUUUACUAGAUGUAGAUGUGACAAAAUCAAUUGAUUUUCAAAAAUCAUUGGACGGCAGUAUUUCAGUUAAGUUAUAA